AGGCAGCCGCGCAGGUGACAAAAAAGAAAGGUGGAGGACUAGAGAGAGACGAGACUGAGUGAGAGGGCUGAGGUGAAGUCAGAAACACAAAUCGUGGCAGGACAAAGACAGAUGAAAACAAGCUGUGAACAAAUGACGCUCAGCUGAACUUAAACAACUAAAGRAUACAGGAAGAAGGACGAAGAACUGAAACUGUUAGAGCUCCGCGUUCCCGCAAAACAUCCAAUCAGCAUCGCAAAUAUAUUGAGAAAAUGAUAUCUGCAGAAAUGCAGCUUUAUGCUGAGAAGGACUGACAACAAGAUGCUCCCAGAAAGAUUCAGGAGAGGAUUCAGAGUGAACUACACUGAAGUCCAAAGACGCUCCACAGACACAAAAACAGAACCAUCUACAAGUCGUUGAGGCUUCCUCUGCAGCUUCAAACAUCUUCCACCAUGGCUUCGAUGGGAAUGCAGAUGUUGGCCGGCGUCCUGUGCCUCCUGGGCUGGGCAGGGGUCAUCCUCUCCUGCAUCCUACCCAUGUGGAGGGUAACCGCCUUYGUGGGCACAUCUAUCGUGACCGCACAGGUAGUCUGGGAGGGCAUCUGGAUGAACUGCGUUACCCAAAGCACGGGACAUUUGCAGUGUAAACCRUACGAGUCCAUGCUUGAGCUCAGCUCUGACCUGCAGGCGGCCAGAGGUCUCAUGGUCCUCUCCAUAGCUACAGGCGGCAUAGGCCUCAUCCUGGCUUUUUUUGGAGGAAAGUGCACUCGAUUCUUGGAGGAAGAARGAAGCGGGGCAAAAGGCAAAAUGGCCUUAUCAGCAGGUGCAGUGUUAACGGCCACAGGGCUGCUCUGUUUGAUUCCCACAAUGUGGUCAGCCGGGGCGGUGGUUAAAACUUUCUACAGCUCCGCCACUGAUACCGAGCGGAGGGAGCUCGGCGCCUGUCUCUACAUUGGCUGGUUGGCGUCCAUUUUGCUUGUAUUUGGAGGAGGUUUGUUCUUGAAAUCAUCGUGCCCGCUCAAAGCCCACGACACUGACAAGCCCUCCUCCGUUCGCUACGUGGCGGUCCCUCCCUCCAACGGGUCGACCAGGGCAGGUUCUUAUCACAGCAGGGUGACGUCUACGAGGAGGGUCAAAUCCCCCAAACUUCAAAGCUUCGAGGGUGCGACCACAAAGCCUCAGCUGUAUGCGAGACCUCUGUCAGACAGGCCUUCUGUGCAGAACUCCAGAGAGGGAUCCAGAAAAUCCAGGGCUUCAUCGACAAAGUCUCAGCUGAAAAGAGGCGAGUCACUGCUGUCCGACCACAGUGAGGCACUGUCAACAAAGUCUCAGCUGAAACGAGCUGAAGAGCUGAAAGAGACUCUAACAACCAGCAGUGAAAAGGAUGAUGCAUCUUCAAACCCCAACAAAACCUACCUGUAAUGUUUGUGUCUCUGCCGAGGACGCARUAACUGGAAUAAUUUAUGUUUAAUGAAGGAAGAUGAAACAGAUUUAAACUGGUGAAUUUUCUUUAUUUUGGUAAAGGAUUCAAUUCAGUUUAUUUAUAUGGCAUCAAGUCACAACAAACCUCUCA